UCUUGGUGUGCAGACAGCCAACGACAUGAUACGUCCAUUUCUGAUCUCCGGGUUAGGCAAGGCUCGCCCCGAUCACGAGAUCUGCUGCGAGGCAUAUUGAGUAUCUAAUCUGCAUCAUCGACCCUCUUGCGUCGACGUCAUCUACCAGUCAGGAUGAAGACCGCGACCCCAUUCCCUAUCGAAAAUCUGCCAUACGGAGUGGUCUCCACCCCGAAUGACCCAACCCCUCGUUGUGCAACGGCCUUCGAGGACUAUGCGAUCGAUCUCAGCCGGCUCCAGCGGGAUGGAUUCUUUAACUCAAUCCCAGGCAUGAUUGACGGCGCCUUUAGCAAGCCUGCUCUGAAUGUCUUCGCAUCAACCCCCCAAUCCACGCAAGCCGAGGUGAGAGGGCAUCUAGUUCGGUUUCUUGAGGGUGCAAGCGAAUCUGAUAGAGACAAAUACUUCAUUCGCUUGUCGCAAGUGACGAACCAUUUGCCCAUGGAGACCGCGAACUUCUCCGACUUCUAUUGUUCGCUUGAGCAUGCACAAAACUGCUCAAAAAUCAUGGGCCUUGAAGUCAACUCAAACUGGUAUUACAUUCCAUCGGUCUACAACGGCCGCACAUCCAGUCUGAGAGUGUCGGGGCAGCCUGUCCGCCGACCGUGGGGUGUUAUAUCGGGACCAGGUAGAUCCUCUCCGGUGACGUGGUCACGAAGUAAGAGGCUCGACUUCGAGCUCGAGAUGGGUGUAUUCUUAGCGAAGCCUCUACCAGCUGGUCAGAUCCUCGACAUCCGGAACGCCAGGGAGCAUAUCUUUGGUUUUGUCAUUCUGAAUGACUGGUCGGCGAGGGACAUCCAAGGAUUCGAAAUGGCCCCUCUUGGUCCGUUCCAUAGUAAAGGGUUUGGAACCACGGUCUCACCAUGGAUCGUCACGAUCGAUGCCCUGUCGCCUGUGGAAUGCCCCGUAUCUAUUCCGCAGAGCCCGCCACCCUUACCCCAUUUGGCCUGGAAAGGAGACAGCUCAAAUGCCACAUGGGAUAUAGAAUUGUCUGCGAGGAUCUUGCGAAAGGGGAAGACGUAUCACAUUACGUCUACUAAUCUCAAAGACCUCUACUGGACGCCGUAUCAGCAGCUCACCCAUCUCGCGAGCGCUGGAGAAGGCCUCUCGACAGGAGAUAUAUUUGGCACGGGUACUAUCUCAAACGAUCGACUCAAUGGAGUCGGCGAAAAGUCUGGCUUGGCCUGUCUUUUGGAAAGAAUACUACCUCAGAAUAGACUAGCAUGUAUGGAGAUAGACGGACUUGAAUAUCUAGAAGAUGGGGACGAGGUCGUUAUGGAAGGGUGGUGCUUUCAUCCACAGAGCGGUAGAUAUUUUGGAUUCGGCGAGUGUCGAGCUGUAAUUGUGCCAGCGUUGGACUAGUGAGAUACGUGACAUAGGUAACGCGAUAUUGCGUAUGGCUAUGGCGAAGGAUGACUCUCAGGAUUUGUUUGGUUUACUUCUAUGCUGGACAAGGAC